AUGGCGAAAAAGAUGUUUCAGCUUGCCAGUGUUCGUGCUGAACCCUCCUAUCGUUUACCCAACUCUCCUUUCUCUCCUCGCCGCCGUGAUUCUGGCUCUCGGAUCCCUCGACCUAAACCGACUGUGGCUGUUCGUCUGGAUGAAUCUGCUCUGGAUGCUCUAGAGAAUUCUGAUAUCUCGGAUAUCAGUGAUACCUCAAUUCUGGAAUUACCGAACAGUGAUGAGCGUCCUCUAUUUAUUACUGCAAUCCCUAUGCAUGCUCGACGAGAUAGAAAGACGAAACGGCUCCCUCUUGACAAUCAAGCCUCUGUACAAGCCGCAAGUGUCAGGCUUGUUAAUAUCAGCCGAGGUAAUUCACAGGCCAGCACUGUAGAUUCCACCAGAAACACUUCCCACGGCAGUCAUACAUCACCCACAGAACUUUCGACCAUCAGCGAAAAAUCAAAAUGCAGCACAACAACAAGCUCAGACUACCAUAGCUUCAUACAGACUGAUGGGCCUCUUCUUCGCUUAUCCUUGAGUGCCGACAGGAUUAUUAUGGGUGAUGAAUCUCGUUCCAUGUCUCUUCCAAACAUUACUGAUGAACGCCGAUCACGAGGCAUCUUCCGUCCACAAAUAAUCCAGCAUAUCGACUCGUUGAAUGACACCCCGAGCGAUAUCACCAGCAAGCCUAGCGAGGGAAAAAUGGAACCACAACAUGGCCCUUACCACAAUCCGUUCUUUCCAGAAGGAACAGUUGACGCAUCACCCAAUCCAUCUAUGGAAUGUCUCAAUGGCGAUCCCAUCAAGCAUGGUUCAAUCUCAAAAAAGAUCAAUGAUAGGACUGAAUGCGGGACUGCAUACUCGAUCCCGGCUUUCCCCCCACGCACUUCAUCCUUAAAUGCUUUGUCAAGUUUGAACAGCAGCCCCGAGAAGAAGGAAGCCUGGAGCAAGAUCUCUACCGUCAAUUCGGGUGGUAAGGUUGAGGCUAGUGACAAUGAGCUCAUUGGCCUUUACGGUCUUCUUGCCGACUUUGACAGCCGAGAUCUUCGCAUCGGAGAAGCGGCCUCCCUCGUUGCACAAAUGCGCGCAGAAGCAUCACUGCGUCGGUACGCGAUGAUGCAACAAGUUCACCAGAUUUCCCAGGACCAUGAUGCUUUUUCUGCUGCCGAACUCCCAAGUGAUCGGAUUGUCGAGGAUUGGGCGCACACAAGCCGAUAG